AUGUCGCUCUACGAAGUCCACCACUCUCACGCAUUGACAGAGUCGCAGCGUGAAGAGCUCGCCGGAGCGAUAACACGACUUCAUGCUACGACGUUUGCCACUCCUUCAAUAUUUGUCCACGUACGCUUUAUUCACGAAGACCCGAGCGAUGGCAGCUACUUCAUUGCCGGCACGCGACGAUACACCAAUUCAAACAGUAUUAUUGCGCACGUCCGCAGCUCCCCAGCCCGCACCGAGGCAGAUUCGACCAGCUCGCACAGCGCAUCGAGGAGGCGUGGUAUCAUGCGUUUGAAAUUAGUCCGGCUAGCAGCGAAGAGUUGA